AAACCGGGAUUUACAGCUGUGGAUGUGUUUAUGACUCGUUAUUACGACGGAUCUGGAACAACAUUUGUUCAAAGCUCCUCAAAGAAAAGCAGAAAGAAUCUUGAAUCGCCUGAAAUGAACAUGAGAGUUUUCUACAAGAGUCUGUUGUCUUUACUGGGCUUUUUCUCCGUUCAGAUGAAAGCAGAAACAGAAGUGAACGUUGCAAGUUGGGGAACAGCCGUUCAGUCGAAAACAUUUAACAACUUUGGUGCCCAAAACGCUGUGGAUGGGUCAAACGACGUCUGUUCUGGUACAAAAAAAAUAAAUAACCCCUGGUGGAAGCUGGAUCUGAAGAAGACGUACACUGUGAACAGAGUGACCAUCACUAACAGAAUCUGUCAAAGAGGGAACUGUGAAAACUGGAUAAACGGGGCAGUGAUUCGGAUUGGAAACGAUUCUUCAGUUUUUGGCAACCCAGUAUGUGCUACAGUUUCCUCUAUUCCAGCAGGAGCAACCAACAGCUUCUCGUGUCCUGGGAUGAAGGGACGCUAUGUGACUGUGAAUAUUCCUGGGAAUUCAAAGGUUCUUACUUUCUGUGAAGUGGGAGUCUAUGUGAAUUUUACAGAUGGAACCUUGCCCUCACCCACUCUUCCGGAGGACGUUCCCAAAGCUUCCCCAGGGUAUAUACCCACAGCUUUUCUUGAGGACGUUCCCACAGCUUCCCGAGAGGAAGUUCCAACAGCUUUUUCUGAGGACGUUUCCACAGAUCUUCCCGAGGACGGUUCCACAGAUCUUCCCGAGGACGGUUCCACAGAUCUUCCCGAGGACGGUUCUACAGAUCUUCCCGAGGACGGUUCAACAGAUCUUCCCGAGGACGGUUCCACAGAUCUUCCCGAGGACGUUCCCACAGAUCUUCCCGAAAACGUUUCCACAGAUCUUCUCCCAGAUGAAGGAGGUCCCGAUUCCCAAGAAGACUCCUGUGAAGAUGAAACUGAAGCUUGAGUCUGUCUGAAUCUCCAGCUCCUGUCACAGCUUCACUGUGCUCUGACAGAACGAGGGAUUUCUGACGUGAAGAGAGAUGAUGAUGAUGAUGAUGAUGAUGGGGGAAGCGAAACUCUCUUCUGAACAGCUUUGAUAUUUAUUUACAUGCUGGAAUUUUCUCCAUUCCUCAAUGUUAAUCACAAUAAAGUUGUAUGUGAAAAUUGAAACUACUGAUUCCUGAUUGCUGCUUUUAAGCCAUUUGUAUUGUAUAAUGUACCAGUACCUGACAAUGUGGGGGUAAAGUAAAAUGUAUAUACUUUUAUUAAUAUUUUAUGCAAUAAUUAAUUAAUUUUGUUACAUUUUAGUUACCAAUUCAGAGUAUGGGUUACCAAGUGCUGAAAUGUUUAGCUAUCAUUCACAUGUAAUGAUAAUAUUUCUAACCACUAGAUGUCAGCAGCAGCAUGUUUACUGAUGCUAUGACAAACAAGCAAGUUUAGGAACAGUUUAAAUGUUAAUGAUAAAAUAUUACAUGGUACAUUAUAAAAGAUAUGAUCAGUCAAUAUUUUUUAUCCAUUACUUUAACUCAUAAUUUAUUAGUUUCACUAAAUGUGAAGUUAUAUGAAAUUCAACAAGAC